AGCUUAUACCCUAUUCUUAGCAGACGCAUCGGGUGCCCAUUUCCCCGGGAGAAUCUAUGGCGCCAUGGAUUUAGCUUCACGACGAGUCAAUGCUGGUCACUAUGUUUUCCUUCCGAUUUCUCUCUGCUCUUCAUAUGCAAUUGCUCUUCCGAUUUGAAAGAUUUUGAUGCUGCGCGGGGAGAACACAAACAAAAAAUAGAACAAGAGUUUGGAUUCGUGUUGUGUUUUGAAGAUCGGAAAUCUCGAAUCGCCUGAGUAGAAUUCGUUUUCGUUCAGAGGAUUUUCUACUGGAAUUCUUUUAAUUGGGAGCUCUGGUAUUAAUUCCGUUCGCAGGGAUGGUUUCUACUUGCUUCUCUCGCUCCACAGAGUGUAGCUCACUGAAUUCAUAAUGAGAGAGAUGAAGUUUUUUUUGAAUCAUUGCAGAUUUCACAUUCCUGUCACACUUCUGUUCCUUGGGAUUUUCUGAACCUUCUGUGAUAAAAUGGCUCGGGGCCACCAUAAACCAAAGGGAGACAAAUUCUCAACCAAAUACAGGUGUUAUCUACUUGAAGGGACUUUCUUUGAACCUGUGGAUUCCAAUCGUGAAAACUAUGUCUAUGUUUCCACAGAGGAUAAGAAGAGAAAUAAUAAGAAUUCAGAACCCAAACCUGAGGAAAUAAUGACCACGAGAGAGCUUAUUUCGGCAGUUGGUACUCUAUGGAAUUCUGCAGCACAUCCUCUUUCUCUUUUCCUAUCUAGUGCAACUUCUGCUGAUAGAAAUAUUGAUCGUCAUAAAAAUAGCACAAUUUAUGCAUCCCCUGUCAUGGGUAUUCAAAAUGUGCCUCCCCUAGCCGACGGAGGGAUUAUCCCAGCCCAUCUGAGUAGUGAUAAAGAUUCUUCAUUGCUUGUGUCAACAAAUUUGGAAAGUUUGAGUGCUGAUGAGAAUUUGCCAUUUACGGAAACUUGUAAUGAGAGUUUUUGUUUGCGGAGAUUAAUCCACCAUGUAUUGGAUAUGAGACACAAGUCUAGAAGAGGAAUAUGUCCUGGAAAUCAAAUAAUAUCAAAUAAUCUAGAAAAUGCAUAUGGAUGGAUGAAUGGGGUAGCUUUUUCUAAUUCAAACUUAUUCUCUUCUUGGAUUAAAAACUGUAAAUUUCAUGAUUGCUUCUUAGGGAAGGUAGCCUCUAGAAAUGGCAUCUGCUGCACUGAUGUAAAAUCCAGCAGCCAAUUGUCGGUUUACAAUUCAAACCUUCAUAAAAAUGUCGGCGCAUUUAAUAGUACUUCAUGCUUAAAGCAUGAUAAUGCGGUUUCCAAUGGUAUAGAACCCAAUUCGUCCCAGACUUCAGGUUCCCGAGCUCAUGUAUAUUCCUCCGAGGAACUUAUCAAUCCAGCAUUCAGUGCUUCUGUUGAAACAAACAGAUCUGAGAGUGGGUUGGAUGAGAAUGGCCCGAAUCAAAAUAUCACUUCUGAAUCAGAGAAUGCUGUAGUAGCAAAGAAAAAUCGAUGUCAUUCACUCGCAAAACAAGAACAUGCUUUUGCUGGAGCAAUGGCGGGUAUUUGUGUCAGCAUAUGUCUACACCCUAUGGACACAAUUAAGACUGUCACUCAGACGUGUCAUGCUGAUCAAAGACCUCUGUACUACGUAGCCAGAUCAGUUAUCUCUGAAAGAGGCCUAAUGGGACUUUAUCGUGGAAUUUAUAGCAAUAUUGCUUCUUCAGCGCCAAUAUCUGCACUUUACACUUUCACAUAUGAAUUAGUGAAGGGAGCACUGCUUCCUCUACUCAACACGGAGCAUCAAUUCGUGGCCCAUUGCAUUGCAGGGGGUUCUGCCAGUGUCGCUACUUCAUUCAUUUACACUCCAAGUGAACGCAUUAAACAACAGAUGCAAGUUCAUUCACAAUAUAAAAGUUGCUGGAAUGCUAGUAUUUGCAUUAUAAAAAAUGGGGGAUUGCCUUCAUUAUAUGCUGGGUGGGGAGCCGUUCUCUGCCGCAACGUUCCACACUCGAUCAUAAAGUUCUACACAUAUGAAAGCUUAAAGCAAUUGGUGUCAUCACCUGUGAAGUUUGACCUUCAAAACAACACACUAGUGACGCUUGUUUGCGGAGGCUUAUCGGGAUCUACGGCUGCAUUGUUCACAACACCAUUCGAUGUAGUUAAAACGAGGUUCCAAACGCAGGUUCCUGGCUCCAACCAGUAUGGCGGAGUUCUCGACACCCUUACAAAAAUAGCAAAGCAUGAAGGACUUAAGGGUCUUUACAGGGGCCUGACUCCAAGAUUGAUAAUGUAUAUUACUCAAGGUGCUCUUUUCUUUGCAUCAUAUGAAUCUUUCAAAAGGCUAUUUUCCAUUGAUGUCCAUAAGCUUACUGCUCUAAGGACUUAACAAGAACCAUGUUUUGAAGAAGUUUCUUCAUGAUUUUAUAUGUCCAAGUAUGAAGAUUGCAAGAAUUGUUAUUCAUUUCCACCAAUUUCAGCUUUGUUGUAUAUAUUUCCUUUGUUUUUUUAUAGUUUACCUUUUUUUAAAAAAUGUAGAUGUCUCCCACAAUUCACUAAUGAAUGCUUUGAGAACGA